CAACGCAAUCUUGUGUGUAUGCUUUUAUAUAACGAGCGUCCCUUCCCGUGCUUAAAGCUCUGUGAGAGAGUGAGAGAGAGAGAGAGAGGAGAGAGAGCUCCCACUGUUCUUCCCAUAUCCCUUUACCCUUGCUAGCCCACCUCAGGAAUCUCUCAUCCUCUUCUCUGUUUCUUCUUCUCUUAAAACAGAGAGAUUUUCACCCACAAAAUUAAAAUCCCAUUUAAUUUUCGGUUUCCAUUUGGGUUUUGUGGGGUUCAAUUCAUGAAACAAAGAUUAAUUGCAGAGAUAUUGUAGAGAGAGAGAGAGAGAUACACACUCACUGUACGCAGAAAGAGAAGGAGAUAAAGGUACUAGUUUAUCCCUCUGCGCUGUGUCAGCUUCUUCUUCUUCUUCUCUUACUCAGUAGUUAAUACUUUCUGAGAUCAUGAAACAUAAGGAUGGAAAACCAGGGCCCCAAGGUACCAGGAUUUUCCCCAUGACAAUCUUGUUUGUUUUGCUAUGCGGGUUUUCAUUCUAUCUUGGUGGAAUCUUCUGUUCUGAAAAGAACAAAAUUGAGCCUGUCAAGGUCGAAGAUGUCACAGAGGCAGUUCAAUCAUCUCUCCAGUUAAAACCUGUUACCUUUGCUGAAUGCAGCAGUGACUAUCAAGACUACACCCCGUGCACGGACCCAAGGAGGUGGAGAAAGUAUGGUGUUCAUCGGCUUACUUUCAUGGAACGGCACUGCCCUCCAGUAUUGGAGAGGAAAGAAUGCUUAGUUCCACCUCCAGAUGGCUACAAGCCACCAAUCAGAUGGCCAAAUAGCAGGGACGAAUGUUGGUACAGGAAUGUGCCAUAUGAUUGGAUUAACAAACAAAAGUCCAAUCAGAAUUGGCUGAGAAAAGAAGGGGAGAAGUUUCUCUUUCCCGGUGGGGGAACUAUGUUUCCAAGAGGCGUUUCUGCAUAUGUCGAUUUGAUGCAAGAUCUUAUUCCAGAAAUGAAAGAUGGGACCGUUCGAACUGCCAUUGAUACUGGGUGUGGGGUUGCAAGCUGGGGAGGUGAUUUGUUAGAUCGUGGGAUUUUAACUGUUUCUCUCGCUCCAAGAGAUAAUCAUGAAGCUCAGGUUCAGUUUGCUUUGGAACGUGGAAUUCCAGCAAUUCUUGGCAUCAUUUCUACACAGAGACUUCCUUUCCCUUCUAACUCGUUUGAUAUGGCUCACUGCUCAAGAUGCCUCAUCCCAUGGACGGAAUUUGGUGGAAUUUACCUCCUUGAAGUUCAUCGUAUACUCCGUCCUGGAGGUUUUUGGGUCCUGUCUGGUCCACCUGUCAACUACGAAAACCGCUGGCGUGGGUGGAACACCACCAUAGAAGAGCAGAAAUCAGAUUAUGAAAAGUUGCAAGACCUGCUAACUUCAUUGUGCUUCAAAUUGUACAACAAAAAGGAUGAUAUUGCUGUUUGGCAGAAACUGUCAGACAGCAGUUGCUACAAUAAACUUUCUGAGCCAGACACCUAUCCUGCAAAGUGUGAUGAUAGCCUUGAACCAGAUUCAGGAUGGUACACUCCAUUACGCUCUUGUGUCGUAGUUCCAGACCCAAAGCUAAAAAAGUCAGCUUUGAAAUCCAUCCCUCAAUGGCCAGAGCGGUUGCAUGUUGCACCGGAGCGUAUUUCUGAUGUGCAUGGCGGAAGUGCUAGUGCUUUCAAGCAUGAUGACAGCAAGUGGAGGGUACGAUUGAAGCAUUACAAAAAGUUGCUCCCAGCAAUUGGAACAGAUAAGAUCAGAAAUGUUAUGGACAUGAAUACGGUAUAUGGAGGUUUUGCCGCAGCCACGAUUGAUUGUCCCUUGUGGGUCAUGAAUGUGGUCUCUUCCUAUGCUGUAAAUACACUACCUGUGGUCUAUGAUCGAGGCCUUAUCGGAACUUACCAUGAUUGGUGUGAGGCGUUUUCUACUUAUCCUCGUACUUACGAUCUUCUACAUCUUGAUGGCCUCUUUACUGCAGAAAGCCACAGAUGCGAAAUGAAAAAUGUGCUCUUAGAGAUGGACCGAAUCCUGCGCCCUAAUGGCUACGCAAUAGUUCGAGAAUCCAGCUACUUUGUGGACGCUGUUGCGACUAUUGCCAAAGGGAUGAGAUGGGGAUGCCGCAAAGAAGACACUGAGUAUGGCGUUGAGAAGGAGAAAAUACUGAUAUGCCAGAAAAAACUCUGGUAUUCAUCGAACCGGACUUCCAGAUGAUGGCCAUCCAUAGAAAAACCCAAAACCAAGUCGAUUUCUUGGAGGGACGGAAAUAGGAAUAGAAGCAAAAGAAGCAAGUUCAAUACCAUUCACAGAGAAUUAGUUCAUUGUUUAAGAAGCCAAGAAUACUCAAAUUUGUCGUUGAAGGAGACUCGGUUACCCAAUAAGGUGGUUUAAUCAACUGAUAGGGCGUUGCGUAUAGAUAUAUUCUUUAUAAGGUUUCAACGUGUACUCGGUGUAAUUUCUUUUUCGUUUUCCCUGUUUCCCGAUUUUCAUAAUUUGCUCUCUUUUCGUGUCAAGCUGUAAUCGGAUGAUUUGAAUAUAUGCAAGGAAGUUUAUGUACCAAAAGAAGAAGAAAGAAACAGAAAGGGAACAAAGAUUUCUUUGUUUCUUCAAUGAAAAUCUUCUGCUUCUGUUUAAGCUGCAAUUGUAGUUUGUCUUUGAUGC